AUGCAACCCGGAAUCUGUAACCCUCAGCCCACAAGUGGAAACAGAACUAUCCCUAUAGAAAAGGCCUUUGCACCUGGCUGGGCAGCAGGUAUUUGGGGGCAGAAGGCGGGGAGAGGCGGCAAAAAUUUAUUCAGUGCCCCCACGAGAGCCUGGAGCUGGGAUGUGCACAGAGGGGGCUAUUGUUUGGUAGGGCUCUGUGCCAGGCAGCCGAGACUUUAUAAGAGCUUCCCGCUGGUAUCUCACAUGCCUACGAAGAAGCCAAAGUCUGGAUCCGUUCAGACCUGCCGUCGGGGAAGAGAAAAUGGUGAGCGAGGACAAGAACCCCGAAUCGUGGCCGGCAGGGCUGCACCUCAAGAGCCCACCCUACACUCUCCACUCCAGCCUUGAGUUGGCAGAGCCUCCUGUCACCUCAAACCGCAAGCUGGUGAUUUUGAUGGUGGGUGGUGUCUCAGCCCUCACCAUCAGCAUCGUGGGGGUCCUGCUGGCCACCUACCUCGGGCGGGCGGACUGCGUACAGAGAGACGCCUUCAGCUUCCUCCCUCCCCAAGUCAACGUCCAAAACGAAGCGUCUCUCUUGCUGGCGCUCAGCGAACUGGGCGAACAAGGCGUGGCUCCAGGGAUCACCUGCGACUUAAGAAACCACUUGAUGGUGUACCAUGGCCAGCCAGAAGGGUGUGUGGCCCGAAGGAUGGAGGUGUCCGAACCGCUCCCCUCCUGCCAGGAGCUGGAGGCGUACUUCCAAGCUGUCUUGAAAAAUGCCACGCUGGGGAUCACCUCCGAGGUGCAGAUUGUGGGGACCACAUCCCUGGGCAGCCUCACCACCCUGCUGUGUAGCAACAAGCCCACCUACCUGGUCAACAGUUUUGCACCUUCUCCAAGGCACACCAUGAGCAGACUUGCUUAAGACAAGCCGGGGAGCUGUGCAGACCACCAGUAACAUCUCCCCUUCCGUCCCCCCUGCGAAAACCAGAGACGUGAUAAAGGACCUCGGCAUGCCGCGUGAACCUGUCACUUUUGAUUUCCCCCAUAUAGGAAAGUAUGUGGGGAGGGGGCUGAGACCCUGUUUCACUGCAGCUCAAAUUUGUAUGUGAUUUCCCCCCUCCCCGCAACUCCUUGUCAUAACCAAAUCAUUAGCAAUAACAACAAAAAUGAUAA